UUCUCCGAGGCGACCGCCGCGCCGAUGAUACGCUCGAUGCUCAGGGCGCUCGCCGCGUGCCACGAGCACGGCGUCGUGCACAGGGACGUGAAACCCGCGAAUUUCCUCUUCUUGCGAGAGGCGGACGGCUCGCGGCGGCUCAAGCUCAGCGACUUUGGCCUCGCCGCGCGCAUCAAGAGCAAGGACGCGACCUUGACGGAGGUGUGCGGGUCGUACGCGUACUUAUCCCCGGAGAUGGCGCGCAGGCGGCCGUACGAUUUUAAAGUCGACAGCUGGGCCGCGGGGGUCGUCGUCUACAUGCUCCUCGCGGGAGAGCCGCCGUUUUCA